AUGAAACCAGAAACUUUAGUUAUGAAAAUAAUAGAAGCUAUGGAAACGAAUUCGCCGACUCUAAUAACUUACAACGCUGCAGCUGAUGCAACUGCUGGUGGAGCUGCUGGGAUAGCCAAAGCUGUCAACGAUAAGAAAGCUGAAGCCGCUGCAAACGCCGAAGCGCGUAGAAACAAUUUGGCAAUGGAAAGAGAAGCACGAGGAGGUUCGGGAGUAGGAGAUAUAUUAGGGACGGUUAAAGAAUUCGGACAAAGAUUUGGCGAAGAAACCAAGAAAACCGUUAAAGAGGGAUUAAGCAAAUUAAUAGAUAAAAUCGACACCAAAGAAAUGAAGUCUAUAAAUCACGGAAUGGAUAGAGAUACAUUUAAAAAGGUUUGUAAAGCUCAAUGGAGAAACCCAGAUGAUCAUGGAUAUGUAUUUGUAAAUACUAGAAAACCUGCGGGAGAAAGAGUUAUGAUCGAUAUAUGUUAA